ACAACGAUAACCGGCGACUCUUGUCUGCGCAGCGACAAAUAACUCGAAUAAUUGCUCUGCACCGUGAAGAAAAAUGACCCCUGGCUAAUCGGAGUUUAAGCGAACAUAAACCAUCCAUCCGCGUUGCAAAUGGACGUCAGAGAGUAUGUUUUAUCGGCAGGCAGAGCUGUGCUGGACAUGGUGGAGCGGGAGUGGCAGCCCCUCUCGGCCGGCGAGCUGGAGCAGCGGCUGGACCAGGCGGUGGAAGAGGUCCUGGAGGCUGAACUGAUAGCAAAACUCAAAACUCAGCCUCCUGCUGCUCUGUAUGUACAGUUACUGCAGAGUCAAGCUAAUGUGCAGACCCAAGUUUUACCGACAGCAUCCAGUUCCCCAGAGGAAGAGACGUCGGAGCCCCGCGAUCCGCUGGAGACUGUCGACAGUGCUGCCGUGAAGCACAUUGCAGACCUGCUGCAAAGCUCCAAGUCCAGGGCCCGAAUGGCCGGGCGGGCUCGUUUAUCCCUGUCCCACACUGUCCUGCUGUCCCUAACGCUGCUCACUGAGCGUGUCAGCUACCGCUCUGUGUCCCGCCGCUUUCACCUGGAGAAAGGAAACAUCCACAGAAUCUUCUUUUCCUUCUGCGAGCGCGUCAACACGCUGGAGGAGACGCUAAUCAGGUGGCCAGUCGGUGCAGAGGCUGUAGAGGCCCUUUUCCCACUUUGUAGUCCAGAGAAGGAGAAGCAGGGUGUCCCUCGGGUCCUGGGAGUGUUGGGACACACGCGCAUCCCUAUCCGCCUGCCAAUAGGCAAACAUGAUGUGGAGAGCACGGUGCCCGAGGUGAAGAGGAUGAAGAAGGAGGCCCAUCCUGACUCCUGGCUGAACCUUCAGCUCAUAUGUGACCCUAAGGGCCGGUUCCUACACUGCAGCAUCAGUAAAGGAUCAGAUGUGGACAGAGGCAGCGCCCUGAGAGACAAACUCAAACAGCAUCCUGAACUGAUGCCCUCUGGCUCCUGCCUCGUGGCCGGAGCCGGCUAUCCGCUCACUGCUCAGAUUUUAACUCCAUUCUCAGGGAGUCACGGACCAAGAGAGGAGCUCUUCAACAAGACGCUGGCAGAGCAUUUUCACAUCCUGGAUCAAGCUGUUGCCAACCUGAGAGCCAGAUUUCAAAGGCUCAGGUAUCUGGAUAUUGGAAACUAUGAUCGAGCCCGGGCGGUUGUGCUGACUGCCUGUGCUUUGCACAAUGUGCUGUUGGACAUGGGACAAGUUGUUCAAGGAGUAGUUGAGAAAGAGGAAGCCACAAGCCAAGAGGGAGAGGGGGAGGCAGACGAUGAGGGCGUACGCAGACGUGACGCCAUCGCGGAUCUGUUGUUUAAAAACUUUGAGUCUGGAAGCUCAUGACGUGAUGAGGCCUGUUGGAAAACCUGCUCACAGAUUUAAAUGAGCAGUUCUGUAAUAUAAAGGUUUAUUUGAACAGAAUAUCUGCUGUUUGGGUCUCACUGCACACAUAUCACUCUCAUUACUACUAACAGAAAACACAUUAAUGCAGCAGUAUUACUGUGGUUUACUAUUAUGGGGAUGACAAAUGAUGAUAUCUGCCAAAGUGUUUACAUGUUUCCAGAACAGUUUCACCCUGUUUUGCAGUUCAGAUAUAGAAACUAAAAAUGUAAUGACCCUAAACAGACUUUAGGACUGAUAAACAUUUAAUUAACUUUUUUUUUUCUGACAUGGACCUAAGCGCCAUUCUGAAAUUAGACUUUCACAAAGGUUAAUCAUAAACAUGCCAGUGUAUUCCUAGUAUCUCUCCCCAUCAGAGUGGAUGUACAGGUCACAGCCAAUGAAACAUGAGACAAUUUGCCAAGUACAAAUAAGCAAAUAAAUGUGCAAUGAAAUCAAGCGAAUUAAAUGUUUAAUUGUUCAAAUUUAUUUUGAAAGUAAUUACCAGAAGUGAGUAUGCUACGAUGUCUAGCUCGACACUCCUGUGAACAUUACCAGAUUAUUCUCCAGACCAAGGAACCGUCUGUAAAUACAGUUAAUGACUGUUAUCUGUAAUUACCACACUAAUAAUGUGUUGUUUAUAGAUAUUCAUCUUGAUUGUAUUAAAACUCUUCGGUGUAAAAAAAACGCAGUGCCUCGCUGUGAUCACUGGAGGGCAGUAAGCUUCAUGACUCCAAGGUACACGUAAUACCAUAUGAAUAUAUCCGGUAAAACUUUCACAAUAAAACAGUCAA